AUGCUUCAUUUGCGCUCAGUGCUGGUUGCUGCCGCCGCUCUAUUUGUUUCCAAUACUGUAGCAGUGUCAUCUGCCGCCUUCGUAUCAGAUCUUGAAAGCAUAAAAUUCACGAUAAACAUUCCACAGGAAGAAAACAGCAAUGAGCUUUAUUUCUCGAUGUCCGGCCCGAGCAGCUGCAGUUGGCUAGCUGUUGGAUUAGGAAGUUCAAAUAUGAAGAAUUCCUUGAUGUUUAUGGCAUACAAGGACAAAACUGGACAAAAUGUCACGCUGAGUCCUCGAUUAUCUUACAACAAUGUCGAACCGGUAUACACCAGCGAAGUCAAAGUGACUUACUUGCCGGGAACUGGUGUCUUCGAUAACAUUACUACUGUCAAUGCGAAGUGCUCCAAUUGUCGACAAUGGAAAGAAGGCUCAAUCGAUCCAAAGCAAACCGAAGCGAACUUUAUUUGGGCGAACGCAGGAGUUGGCAACCUGAAAUCGAAUUCACUCACCGCGAAUCUCAAACGCCAUGGCUCGUAUGGAAAAUUCAAGAUGGAUCUCACAAAGGCCGUCGGUGCAGGCGAGGCAGUCACUCCUGCAAACGUCAGUUCUGCGGGCUCCGCUCAGUUAUCUGAGGAAGCAGACCAUGAUUUCUCUUCUGGCGCUCACGCUUUGAUCAUGAUAUUUACCUUUGUUGGUCUCAUACCACUUGCUGUAAUGAUCUUGCGCAUUCUCAAUAGCCCGAAAUGGCACGGGAUUGUCCAGACUAUUUCUGCUACUUUGGCUUUGAUUGGUAUGGGAUUAGGCUUCAAGAUUGGGACAAUGUACAACCGAACGAAAAAGUUCAACUCGGCCCAUCAGGUCAUUGGUCUGAUCGUUAUUCUUGCAAUGAUCGGACAGUUCAUCCUUGGCUUUCUGCACCACCGAAUGUAUUCUCAGACGAAGCUGCCAACGAAGCUAGGGCCAAUCCAUGUAUGGCUUGGCCGCUUCGUUGUUCUUCUUGGUAUAGUGAGCGGUUUUGUUGGCUUCCCUCUAGCCCAAAACUCCAUAUUCAACUGGCCAUUACUUGGUCUGGUCCUUUUUGGAAUAAUAUUCUCUGGUCCAUUCAUCUUUUGGCGAUGGCGACGCAAUAUGCAAAAGGCAAACAAGGCGGAAGCUGCAAAGGCUCCAAGUGGCGGUUAUCAAGCGGAACCUUGGAGAGGUGAUCAUUCGCAGAACGACGUCGAUUUACAGCAGAUGAAUCAUCAAGCACCGCCGCCCAUGUAUAGUAACCAGUAUCGUUAG